GUUGUGACAGGUUCGGCUGCACCUCCUCGCCUGCCCGUGACUUGGUCAAUCGCGUUUAUGUGGCUCCAAGUGGGAUACUUUUGCAUGGAUCAACUGGCCAGUCGGCACAUUGUGAAACACCUCAGAGCUUUUCUCACCAGUUCCGAAUUUUUUGAGCACAACCCAAAGCUCCAUCAUGACCAAGUCAUAUGAAGUGAACAGUGUGAAAACCAUAGAUGGAAAAGCACAAUCGAAUGGAAAUGUCGAGGAUGCGAGUGCAAAAGCACCAGCAAGCCCAGAAACGGAGGUGAAGCGUGGAAAUUGGGGCACACCUCUUGAGUUCAUCCUGGCGUGCAUUGGAUACGCCGUGGGCUUGGGAAAUGUUUGGCGGUUUCCAUAUCUGGUUUUUCGCAAUGGCGGCGGUGCUUUCUUGAUCCCCUUCAUUAUUAUGGUGAUCGUCAUAGGCUUGCCUAUCUUCUUCUCAGAGCUCUUCAUAGGUCAAUACAGUGGAUUGGGUCCCAAUAAGGCCUACGCUCGAAUGGCACCGCUCUUCGAAGGACUUGGAGCCUGCACACUACUCGUAAUUACCUUCAUCACGAUCUACUACAUGGUAAUCGUGUCCUGGAUCCUCUUCUACUUGUUUGCCUCCUUCAAAUCCGAGCUCGAUUGGGGCUACUGCAAUCAUGACUACAACAGUCACAAGUGUUUCAGUACUCUUGAAGAUAUGACAUGUAAGGAAGGCAACAAUCAUACGGCGGCGGAUCUAAUUUACUGGAAUCAAACCUGCACAGAUAUCGAAACCAUUUGUUCGAAUCAUGGACUGACAGGAAAGAACGCCAGUUUCUGCAUACACCCAGAAAAUAAGUCGGAGAUUGCUAUUGGAAAUGUGAUUGAUCGAGUUUUAGCCUCAGAGGAAUACUACAAUGAAUACGUCCUCGGUGUAGGCGACGCUACGUGGACAAAUUGGGGAUAUCCAAGAUGGCAACUCGUGCUUUGCUUGCUCUUAGCGUGGAUUAUUGCUUUUUUCUGCAUUAUCAAAGGCAUUCAGUCUGCAGGAAAGGUGGUAUACUUUACAGCGCUGUUCCCUUAUGUCACACUAACAGCGCUUCUCAUCCGCGGAGCCACACUCGAAGGUGCAAUUGAUGGUAUCAUCUUCUACAUGAAUCCUGAAUGGGACAGAUUGUUGUCGCCAAGAGUGUGGGCAGAUGCUGCAUCUCAAACAUUCUACAGCUUUGGCAUAGCCUGUGCAUCCUUGGUCACCUUUGCGUCCUACAAUCAAUUUAAGAAUAAUUGCCACAUUGAUGCGAUACUCGUGUCAACGACGAAUGUAUUGACGGCCGUUUUUGCUGGAUUUGCGAUAUUCUCCAUUCUCGGAUUUAUGGCCCAUAACAUGAAUGUGUCCGUUGCGUCGGUGGCCACGGAAGGUCCUGGCCUCGCCUUCAUAGCCUAUCCAGAGGCUGUCCUCAUGAUGCCACUGCCUCAGCUCUGGGCCGUCUGCUUCUUCUUCAUGAUGUUCAUCCUCGGAAUGGGGAGUCAAUUUGGUGGAAUUGAAGCCAUUAAUACAGCCAUCAUCGACCGCUGGCCACAUUUGCGAGAACACAAAUGGCGAGUAACAGCAGGAACUUGCCUAUUCUGCUUCACGGCAGCUCUCCCCAUGACCUGCAACGGUGGCGUGUACAUGUUCACACUGAUGGAGUGGCACACUGCAAGCUGGGCCGUUCUUAUGCUGGGCUUUGCCGAGAUUGUCAUAAUAUCUUGGGUUUAUGGCCUGGACCGAGCCUUCAGCAAUCUCGCUUCUAUGGGAAUGAAAUUCAACAGAGCCACGCGAGGUUAUUGGUGGAUUGUUUGGACAAUUGCAACGCCCAUCGGAGCUAUUGGUAUUUUCAUCUUCACGAUGACGGACAUCAAGCGCUUGAAGUACCGUGAUUACGUGUAUCCCGCGUGGGCAGACGCUCUGGGAUGGAUUAUGGGCGCCAUCACGCUGGUGCCCUUUCCACUCUUCAUCGUCCUCCGCUAUGCGAAAGAUAAAUUGACGCUCAAGGAAUUUUUCCAGCCAUCACGUAAAUGGGGACCACAAGAAACGACUUCGCUGCAGGACGAACUAAGGACUUCAUCACUGUCAUCGAUGUCAGCAAUUUUGAAGACAAACGGAAUUGGUGCGUCGGAACCCAUUUGACCAUCCCGCCAGCUCAUCGGAAGCCCAUCCCUGAGUCUGUGGGGCUGUACUUUAAUCCCUUCCGCCGCCGCAGCAUCACUUGCCUUAUAAAUUAGUUGCAAGACAGCGCUGAGAUACCGAAAAAAUAGACUGGAGAAUAAUACUGCAGGAAAUGAUGAAUGAUUACAUUUUUUUUCCACCCACGUCUGAUGGACCAAAUAGGACAGUCUGAGCUAGAGAAUUUAUAUCAAUUUGUGCAUGUUGGAUGCCAAGCCAUAGAGUGCGAUGGAA